AUGAUGUUCCUACCCUUUUCCCCCCCCUCCACCUUUCUCUUUCCUGUCUUCCUUCUACUCCUCCUUCUCCUCCCUCUGUCCCUCUUCUCCUCCCCCCUUUCCCACCCCCCGUUGAGCUGGACUUCACCACAUGACCCCUGCUACCAUCCAGAUGGCCGUCCACGACACUGCCUGUCAGAGUUCAUCAACGCCGCCUAUGGGGUCUCGGUCAACGCUAGCCACUCGCUACAAGGGCCCGACAAUGACAGCAACAUCACCACGCUGACUGACCUUCACAAUCCCCAUAACCUCACCUGUUGGAUGACCCAUACAGGUCCUGACACCGGGGACUGGGUCCUUACGCUGCCACUGGGUCGCCGCUUUGAGAUCACCUACAUAAGUUUACAGUUCUGCCACCAAGGGGAGCCAUCAGACCCCAUCUCCAUCUCCAUCCUCAAGUCGAUGGACUACGGGCGUACCUGGAGGCCGAUGCAACACUACUCAAGCAACUGCCUCGAGAAUUUCAGGCUCCCCUCCCAGACCAUAGCCAAAACAAGACACCAAGAGACGGAGCCCCUCUGCUCAGACCCUCGGCCCCUGCAGAGGCAGCGGGGCGGCAUGGUGUUGGCUUUCUCGACGCUGGACGGACGGCCGUCAUCUCCUGACUUUGACUACAGCCCCACCCUUCAGGACUGGGUGACAGCCACAGACAUUCGUGUGGUCUUCCACCAGGUGUCCAAAGAUAUCAAAGUGGGUAACUUGGACAAGAUGGACGACAAAACACAUGAUCUCAGAGGGACUGGUGUUCUGAGGUGGAGAUCAGGCCACAAGGGCCGCAGUGAAGACCAGGUUGAUAAGUUAAACACAGAUAAUACACUGGCAUUUUUUGACAGGGAGACAAAAAAAUCAGAGAGGAGGGGGAGGAACAAAGGAGAGAAGAUAGAUAAACAGGGCAGGAAGGGUCACUAUAAAGGUACAGGACAAGGUGAAGAUGGACACAACGUGACCAGCAAGGAAGGGGGAGACAGUUUAAGCACGGACACACUUGCUUCUCCAAAGAAAGGUGGAAAGGGCAGAGGGCGUGGUCGCAAGAAGGAAAGCAAUCAUUGGCUGCCUUGCCCCAAUGGGGGCUGUAAUUGGUCGGUUGAGGGGCAGAGCAGGAGCAACAAAGGGCGGGAACUGAGAAAGAGACGGAACAAUAAUCUCAACACAAGACAAAGUGUGAGGAAUCUGCAGGUGCUACAGCCACCUGCUUUUACGUCUCCUGCCCAAGCUCCUCUGGCGCUGUCUGACCUGCAGGUUGGAGGCAGGUGUAAAUGCAACGGACACGCUUCCAGGUGUCGCCGUGACGACGCAGGCCAUGCAGUGUGCGUAUGUGAGCAUCACACAGCAGGGCCGGACUGUGAUGUGUGCGAGGAUUUUUACUUUGACAGACCGUGGCAUCGAGCUACACCCACUCAUCCAAACCCCUGUGUUGCCUGUGAGUGUAACGGCCAUUCAAACAAGUGCCGCUUCAGCAUGGAGGUGUUUCAGCAGUCGGGCAGGCGCAGUGGAGGCGUGUGCCAGAAGUGUCGCCACCACACGGCCGGACGCCACUGCCAGUACUGCCAGAAUGGAUACACCCGCGACCACAGCAAGCCGCUCAACCACCGCAAGGCCUGCCAACCGUGUCAGUGCCAUCCUCUGGGAGCUGUGGGUCGCUGGUGUAACCAGACGUCAGGUCAGUGUCUGUGUCGAGAUGGAGUGACCGGCCUCAGGUGUAACCGCUGUGCUCCAGGAUACAAACAGGGACGGUCCCCUCUGAGGCCCUGCAUACGAAUUCAAGAGGUCGCCCCGACACCGGCCUACCAGCCUCAGUACAGCAUAGCGGAGGAGUGUGUUUCCUACUGCCAGCCCUCUCAGGUUAAAGUCAGGAUGAACUUGGAGACUUAUUGUCUCAAGGACUAUGUGCUGAAGGUGCAGGUCAAAGGGAUGGAGCGUUCAGGUCCCUGGUGGCAGUUCUCCAUCUCUGUACAAACUGUAUUCCGCAUAGGGUCUACCUCCCGCGUCCGCAGGGGCCCCCAGUCCCUCUGGGUCCCCGACCGCGACCUCGGCUGCGGCUGCCCCGCCCUCCACGUCGGCCGGACGUUCCUCCUGAUUGGAGCCGAGGAAGGAGAGCGGGGCUGGGGUCCGGAGGAGAGUCGCCUGGUGGCCGACCGCUCCACUCUGGCCCUCCAGUGGCGGGAACACUGGAGCCCCAAGCUCAGGGGCUUCCGGGGGCAGGACAAGAGAGGACGCUGCCCCCCGAAAUCCACAAACAGCCGCCAGCACUCCAAGGAGCACAGAGGGCCUCAGUCUGGCUACAUCCCCCCUCACCUGCUGACUGAGAAGGACUCCGAUCCCCACGGUGGGAACACACACUCUGGGAACGCUGACGAGGCUCAAGCCUCAGUGGCGUCACACACACUCUCUCACACACACAGACCAGCUAAAUCCACUGAGCCGACCCCUUCUGCUUUUUCCACACCUGCUCUGGUGUGUUCUACUCUAAACCCUGAGUAGAAACCACAAGAAGACAUAAAAAAUGAUUUGAAGACUUUUAUCCUCCAUCUGCAAAGCUAGACAUGUUUUUUUUUUUUUUUAACUUCUCUGGAGGUUCCAAGAGAAACCAGAAUGGAAUUGUCUCCAGAGUCAGAAGAAACCUGAGAGAAAUCAGGAAGCACACACCCCUGUUUCCUCCUGUAACUGUUUGUGCUUUUUAGAUAAUAUAAAGCGGUAAAUCUCACGGAUGAUGAAAAUAUUCCACUAAGACAAAUGUCGCUGUGUGAAAUAUUAAUAUCAGAAUUUUAAUAUUUUCUACUAAAGAGUUUUUUUGAAAAUUAAAGCCUGAAACAUCAUGCAGGAUUUUACUCAUGAAGACGUUUUUUUUUUUUUGUCGUGAUAUCAAGACUUCACUACAACUAUUGUGGACUCAAAAAUUAAUAGUAAUGAUAUUAUUGUGAUAUCUAAAAAUUGAAAUAUAAAUCAUAUUGAUAUCAGUCAAAUUGAUUUUUAAAUUUGUUUGUGUUUUGUCACUGUUUUGCCAAAGAAAAAUGUAUUAAGUGUUAUGAAAGAGAAUUUAUAACCAUAAAUACACUGUAUGCUAUUUAUGUUGGUCCAUCCACCUGGUACAGUAGUUACUAAAGCUGGAUUAUUUACAUUAUUAUUAUGUGUGUGUUAUUAAAAUGAGGUCUGUGUU